GUGUAGGCAUCUAUGUAGCAUCAUCAUCAAAAAAUCUUCCUGGAAGAGGUUUAGAAAAGUAUUUGGAAGAGCAAAGGUGGUUGUGUGAUACAUGAGAAGAAGAGAGUGGUUCUGGCACACUGUAACAGAGACGGAAUUAUUGCAUCCACCCCUCCUGCUACCUCCACCCCCAAAAUCUGAAAACUUCCUGAUUUGUGUUCAUCAAUAAUUAAGAGCCCAUCAGCAAUACUCAGAGGGAGCUUGCAUUGCACUUCUGAGCAGAGAUAGUAAUGUACAGUGGAGAGAUCCUCUCUCUCAAAUCCCAGGGCUCCAGGCCAUGCAAUGCUAGUAUUGCAUUUUCAAUUAGCUUCUGAGUGAAUGCUUGGCAUAUGCAGAAGUGAACUGGUACACAAUUAGCUUAUUGUUCCUUUUAGCUUUGUGCUGAGAGGAUCUGAAGGACUGGAGAAGAGAGGGGAGAGGGGAGUGGGGGGAAAAAUAGUCAAGCCAGCGGCAUCUCUGUGGAUGUGGAAUAAGGGAGCUGCUCAGCUCACACAGAUCCACUUGCUAAGUCUGGAAUUACAGCUGUUACUGAGGAGCACACAGCGUGGCUUUAGGGAGGGUGCCGGGAGAGCCACAGAACAAGGCUCUGUUCUCAGCCGCUCCAGGCUCUGCUCUCGCCUGCCUCAUCUCAGCAUUGCGAUGGAGCCCAACAGCCCCAAAAAGAUCCAGUUUGCUGUGCCGCUCUUUCAGAGUCAAAUAGAUCCUGAAGCAGCUGAACAGAUCAGGAAAAGAAGGCCUACCCCAGCAUCACUCGUCAUCAUGAAUGAGCAUGUGCCCCCAGAAAAAGAUGAGAAGAGAACAAACAUCUCACAGGCAGAAUCCCAGAGCGCCUCGCCAAAGCAAAGGAAGCAGAGCGUGUACACCCCGCCUGCCCUCAAAGGGAUAAAGCAUCUGAAGAGUCAGAGUGAUUCAGCAUUUCCAGAAGAGGAAGAGGGAAUCAGUGAAAGAGAAGAGGAAUGGGACCACUAACCCACACAAGGGUGCCUGGGGCCGGGUACCGCAAUGACGGAGCUGCAACACCAUGUGUGCGUCCCACAAUUCACCACCGCUUGUGUUCCCGCGGAGCAGGGUGCGCUGGGGAGCACGCCUUGACUGGGCUUUACAGCCACUUGCAAAUUCGUUUUGUGAGCCUUAUACCUGGAGAUAAAACGGUUGUUUUAAAGUCACUCUUCUUUCAUUUUCUAUGACGUAGAAAUGUCAUUUGCAAACGUGGUAGUGAUCUGAUGGCAGUACUGCCAGAGCUUAACUUCUGCGUGUGAGCUGUGUUAUAAGACUUGUUGUAAAUAAAACCCAUUUAAAAGCUACAAAAUAAAUAAUACAUUCAUUUAGACAA